GAACCUUCCGUGGCUGUUGCUUGCAGAAACACCUCCACCGCUAGGUGUUUGCUGGCGUUCACCCGAAAAUUUCAAUAGACAUAAUAGUAAUGCUAAGCGGAAUCGGCAAAACUAUUGCCGGAAAAGACCGUUUAUAAGGCUCACAGUAAAGCUUAAUCCUGCUGUGUUGUGUAAGUGCUGCUGUUGCUGCCGCUACGACCAUUUGUUACCACUACGAGGAUAUUUGCUCUGCGAGCGGAACAAAGCAGAAUUCUCGCGCUGUCGAUACCUCUACCCUCAAGCGAGCGAGCGAGCAAGCAACCGUUCGCACUGUGCUUGCGUAUCGUGGUCAUCGUCAACGAAAGAAGAGUAGUUCAACGCGCAGCACUUUACGAGGGUGUGUAUAACCGUAACGUGUCUACUGCGACGUCUUGUGUAGACGCGAGCGUAUUUAUGAGCCCCGUCUGCUGCUUCCAGCAGCGCUCCCUCCUCUAUUAAUUCCACCAGCCGCUCACGCCUUCUCCCGCUCCUUUAAACGUUCGCUUAACAACGGUGACUUCUGUUGCGUUAGACAUUUUCAAUGACUGCAUACUCGUGCGCACCGUGAACGAGCGUGUCUACUCGUGUACGCAGUGCCGCUAGCGUUCGUCGUCAACAGUUCUUGCUGGCAGAGUAUAUACUUUAGCUUGUGAGAUCACAAUUAACGAAGCGACUGGCCAGCGUCGAUCGCCGUAGCGGGCGUUGGCAACAGCUUCACCACGAAUUCGGAUAAUGUCAAAUCGCUGGACCACUAAGCAACAAACGACUAACUGACGGACUGGCUGUGUAUAUACCUUUUCUUCUACCGCCCCCUUUUCUCCUAUACGACGAACAGCCGAAGCCACUCGUUACGAUUCGGCCAGCCAUCGUAUUUAGCUGCAAUCACUGUUGCCGAUAGCGUGGUAGUCACGCGCCGAUUGCUACGUAGGGCGCUGUUUUGAACAGCGCCGAGGGGAAAGUGCGGUUAACUGCAUACCAAAAGCUUGGGCAAAGCUACCUCGAUAACGAUCACUUCCAUUAACUUGUUGACAUUGGCAACGCCUUGUCUUGUUUUUUGUUAAGAUAUAAUUUCGUGCUAUUAUCUCCAUUUCGCUAUGGACGAUUGAAUCUGUUUCGUUCAUAUCAGGGCGCUUCAUCGCAUUUGCUUGUUCUUCAUAAAUUGACUACUGUGCCCGUUCUACCGUUAAGGAGAACAGCCAUCGAGGACUGCACUUCAUCAGACGUGCCUACCAGUUUCUAUUUCAAGUGGCCGUGCUUGAGAGCUCACAGCUUUGAUGCCAGUAGUUUUGCCAGAAUUACUGCUUUACUCGAGUACCCAGUGAAGGUUUUCGCCAGUAAUAGGUCCUUACUGUUUCUUAAAAGGCAUUCUUACCGUCGCGUAAUCAUACAAGUUAAGGCUCUUAAGUGGCAGUGGCGGGCGACUACAGAAGGCUUAAAGAGGCGAAGGAAUAGAAGAGGAAAAACAAUAACGUGUUCCAUUGUAAGCAGGCAGUGAUUCAGAAAGUCGGCAUCGUGUAAAAGCGCGAAGACCUGGCGCAAGGCGUAGCCGAAAGUACGUGAUGGGUAUCUUUAACUUACAAGAGUGGAAAUCGCUAUGGAAUUUGAACAAGCCACCAAAACCGACUUACUAUUCAGUUCAUGCUAAUCUCAGUCAGAACAAUUUGCCAACGGUCCCGCGGUAUGGCAUACAAAGUACCAACAGUUACCCAGGCGACGGCGCACAUGUUACUGAUUACCCAAAUAACCGAAUUGUUCAACAGUGGGAGCUUCGAAAACGUGAAGGCUCGGUUCCAUUGAGCUUAAGUCGUGGACGAAGAGAUGCCGAUUGGCGUGUUGCGGCCGUUGGAAGCCAAUUUAGACCCAGUUCCAGACAAAGCGAUCAACAAGCGAAACAGCUUCAGGACCAGACUGAGGUUGGGUACCAAAUAAAUGGCAUGGUGGAGCCUAAGCGAACCACCAAACCGUUAUCUAAUCAAGGUGAACAGUACAAAAAUGGAAAAGAGAUUAGGCCUGCCAGGUUAGAUGCCGUCUCGCAUGACGCACUGGACUUAAAUGAAGUAGAUCUCGCAAGGCAUGCAAUAGUCCAAAAGAACCCAGUGCGGGCAACUGAAACAUCUCGGUAUAAGUCUCACUCACAGAAAGACCUCACAGAUUUACACAGCGGAACCGACUUCACCUUCAACAAACAGGCGUACGUCGACAACCGGCCCUUGGGGAAGGAGCCAUUUAAAAGUUGGGAACGUAACAAGAAUGAUUACCCAAAUCCUGGUCGGACGAAAUCAAGCGAAACAAAUAGUAGCCGAUACGUGAGGCCAGAAAAACAAAUCCCCGCGGAGCUACAACAAAAACUUGAACAUGAACAACAGCCUAAGAUGUCGACGUUUAAUCAGGCCCUUUGUAAGUUCAAGCAAUUAGCGGAUAGUGCAGAAAAUCAGCAAAAGCUUCAUAGGACCCAUCAAGAGAGUGAAACUAGAACUGGCUCUGUUCGUCCGUACAAUGGUCCGCUUCGAGACAAAGCCACUUCCGAACAGAAUGUGACACAGCGCGCUAAGGUAAACGAACUUUACAAGUCGGCGGCUGCAUUUCCAAUCGGAGAGACGGUUAAUCAACAGACAUAUGGAGAGCAUUGCGAUUAUCAAACAUCUGUCAAUCAACUGAAAGCGGGAAGUGGCAGAAUUGCUAUUCAGAAACGUGAUAGUCUGUAUAAACAGGCGAACAGUUCGGGCCUUCCUGAAUGUGACACAGAUAGUCAAGCGUCGUCACUUCAACGUCUUCGCGCUCGACAAGCUCGAGUUAUUGGAACAUCGCGCACGGGCUCAAACGGAAGUAACCUCGCUUUGCUUGAUUUGUAUCGCACUUCCAAACCUGAAGCGCCUAGGGGCGCGCUGCCAAUUGACGAUCUGGAAGACUCACAGGAUGAUGUGCCGGUUACCUCAACACCGCGCCAGUCGGUCCGUAAAGCUUUGCAUCAUUUCACCAGGUCCCGGGAGAACUUUCUACUGAACCGCCGUGAACGCGACGAGAAGAAAGACUGGCAGCAAGAAAAUGUUUUGAUUCGGCGACUUGACGAGAAAGGUUUUGGACUCGUCAUUCUUGGCGGUCGUGACCAAGAAAUUCGUGCGAACGAUCAAGGCGUCUACAUCGCGGAUGUUACUCCUGGAAGUCCUGCGGCUGUUGAUGGUAGAUUAAGGGUGGGCGAUCUAAUUAUUUCAGCCAAUGGAAUAGGUUUCAAAAGUAUCUCUCACGAAGACGCCAAGCGCGUUAUGCUUUCAGCACGCGAUUCUCUGGCUAUUACCGUGCGCCGCUAUAUAGGAAAAGUUCACAUCGUACAGGUGAAGCUAAUCAGGAAUGGCAAUCGUUUAGGUUUCGCGGUGACAGGUGGCUCCAACAAUCAAGUUCGAAAUGGAGAUACGAGCAUCUAUAUUAAAAAAGUGUUCGAAAAUACGGUGGCAUCGCGGUGCGGAACUAUCGAGGUCGGUGACCAACUCCACUCUGUAAAUGGAACAGAUUUAAUAAAUGUUCCCCACGCUGUUGCUACAGAAGCACUUCGCAACGCGACUGACCCAGUGACAUUAGUCAUCGGAAAAACGGGCCGCAUUAAUCCGCUUAUAUUUGCCGAUCAGCGUCUCUGAAGAAACACUAAUUAUCAUCAUCAUAUUCCGAUAUGCCCCUACCAUUGAAAUAAAUAGAACAGCUAAACCUUCGAUUACUCGAUAAUUUAGGCGCAAUGCUUAUUCUUAUCUUGGAAAUCUGCAAUUUAAGACAGAAAGAUCCCAUAUAAUUUUAUUCUGAGAUCUUCGAAAAAACGAAUUGCCACCUUAACUUAUAAUAACUCCUAUGCGAUAUAUUGGAAUGACGCUGCGUAGGGCUAUUGAUUUGAGGCCAGCACUAUGAUAGGCAACGAUCCAAUGACGUUAAUUAAAGCUUUGUAGUUGAAGCUUAAUUACCCUAAAUAUGUUUUAGCGUUCAGAGAGGUCGAACGAACUGCGCAAUCCCCGCAGCUUGUAAGCUCUAGUGAUGCCCCCUAUACUAGUAAAGGGUGUAGUCUAAGUAUACCUGCGGGAAGAUUUGUCCACCGGUCCAAUAUUAAAGCUUUGCUCGCCAGUCCAAUGACGUUAAUUAAAGCUUUGCUCACCGGUCCAAUGACGUUAAUUAAUGCUUUGUUCACCGGUCCAAUGACGUUAAUUAAUGCUUUGUUCACCGGUCCAAUGACGUUAAUUAAUGCUUUGUUCACCGGUCCAAUGACGUUAAUGCUUUGUUCACCGGUCUAAUGACGUUAAUUAAUGCUUUGUUCACCGGUCCAAUGACGCUAAUUAAAGCUUUGUUUUGGAGGUAAAGCUUAACUACCCUAAAUAUGUUUUUUCUAGAGCGCUCAGAGCAGUCGAACGAACUGCGCAAUCCCCGCAGCUUGUAACCUCUAAUGAUGCCCCCUGUACUAGUAAAGGGUGUAUUCUAAGUAUAUUUGCGGGAAGAUUUGUCCACGAAAUUAACAACAAAACCCUUUUGUACCCAGUUUGUAAACCCCAUAAAUCGGAAAAAACCUAGAGAGACUUAUAAUAUGUAUAAAAAUGUCUAACGUCUUGUAAAAACUUUCCCAACUUAUGAUAUCAUAUGUAUAUGCCAUGGUCCCUAUAAUAUACAUUGAUUUGGUCACUCGUCUGAUCAAAUGGCA